AUAAAAUUAAUGUUUGGUUAGAAUGUCGAUACUUAAGAUUUAAAAAUUCUUAAAUGUGUUCAUGAUUACAAAACAAUGAGUAAAAAAUUAAAGAUUCGUGCAUUCGGCUAAUUUCAUUAAUGCUAAUACAACUGUGUUAAAGACAUAUUUUCAAAAACAGUGGAAACUUGUUUUAAGUAAUGUGAAUUAGGUAUGAAUAAAGGAAAUUGAUUAGAGCUUGAUAAUUACUUUGAGGAGAAAAAGAAAAGGAAGAUAGAGAAUAAAGUGUUUUAUGCAUUACCUAUAUAUAAUAAUUCUGAACCAUCAAAGCAAUAUUUGAUACCAUAGGAAUAGUAAGGAGAAUAUUAAAAAAAGACAAUACAAUUUGAAAUAGAAUCUUAACGCAAAUUAAAUGAAUUGAAAAAUAUUCUGGAUGAACGUGGUAAGAUUUAUAAGUUGUGAUUUAUAUAUGCACA